AUGUCUUGCCGAAGGUCGCCGCCCGCAAAGCCGUUACAUUCACUACAAAAACCAAGAAUUGCAACCCAAGAAUCGGACACCGCUUCGGACUGCCUGGGUUCGGAUCCCGAUCAAGGCAAUCAAUCAAACAUUAGUCGUCGUCAGAAACGUAAACACAGUGAUACGACCCUAUGUGAGAUUAAAGAUAUGCUAGCUGCUGUGCAGCUUGAACAAAAAUUGCAGGCUAUAAAAUUUGAAGAGGAAAUGAAUAAGAUGUUGCACCAAAAUAAAGAAAUGAUGCAAUCCAUACAACACAUGUCGGACAAGUAUGACGAAGUGUUGAAACAAUUGCAGCAAAGUAAAGCCGAAAAUGUUGCAUUUAAAAAUCAAAUUAAAUUUCUUGAACAAAAACUAGAAUUUCUUGAUCGGAAUUCUAAGUCAUCGUCGUUGGAGCUGAGAAAUAUACCAGCGAACCAACCAGAAACUAGAACUACGUUAACAAACACUAUCAGAUCUAUAGGGGACGUCCUCAAGAUAGACAUACAAAAUACGGACAUUCGCAACAUUUAUAGACCAAAAAAAAUCUCUGGCAACAUCAGUCCCAUUUUAGUUGAAUUUUCCUCAAGCUUGAUGAAAGAAGAAAUUAUUAAAGCAACGAAAAUUUUUAACAAACAAAAUAAAGAAAAACUUAAUACUAUGCAUUUAAAACUGGGAGGCGUCCCGCAACCAAUCUUCAUAUCGGAAGUACUUACCACUCGCGCAAGGCGACUGUACUUCUUGGCUCGGGAGUAUGUCAAGAAUCAUAAACAUGCUAGCUGUUGGACUUCAUACGGCAAAGUUUAUAUUCGCAAAACUGAAGGUGAGCCACCUAAAUCAAUUUCGAUAGAAGAAGAUAUUCAAAAAGUUACAAAUCUAUGA